ACCCACUCCCGCGAAUGUCAUGCAGCCCUGCGGAAAAGAAGAAGCACGUGGGGUGGGAAGUCAUGUCAUCAGCAACAGUAGCCCAAGAUUUAGCCCCAAAGUUGGGGGCUUCAGAUGCCGUUCUUGACGGAGAUGCCGCUGCAUGUCAUGCUCUAUAGCCUUAUCCCGCUCAAGUGAGGCGCCGGGUAAACAGCCGAGUCCUCAUGGAUGGUGCUGUGAAGCGGUUAUGUUCAGAGGAAGCUGGUCGUUUCUUGGGCGUUGAAGCUCACAGAGAGAAUCGCCAUCCCGCUGUCAUUUGAGCCUAGGUCUGAAACUAGAUCACAAGGUCUGAGUCUCAGAUGGGCCAAGUGCUGAUGCUCAUUCUCCCCUAGAUCUCAGGGUACAGUUUGCCUAUAGGAACUUUAACACAGGCUUUGAUGGACUUACAUAACGAAAGGACAUGAAGUAUCCUUUCACUGGGAUAAGAUGGUCAGGAAGAGCUAUCCGUCAACUUUGGGAUAGUACUCGAGUGACAUCUGGCCUCCCAACAUGUGGAGAGAAGCAUGAGAUAGCUCCUUCCUUUCCUAAGGAAACUACCACAUCUGGUUUCUAGAUUUCCGGGUCAACUAGCACGUGCCAAGUCACUUGAUUACGUGUUAAGCGUUUCCCUUCAGUGCGACUGAACUCAACUCUGGCGUUGAAACCAUAUUUUCGUCCCAGUCAUCCAUUCUGUUUAGCGAAUCCCAAAGUCCCAAAACACCGAUUGAUAGAUUCCAUGAGCUUCUGGCACACCUUAGAUGAAGUCAGCACGCUUUGGUUAGCUGUCAACAAUGAAAAGCUCCCCAUCCGACCGACCUCCAACCAGACGAACGAGAAUAGUUUGCAUCAGCGACACCCACAAUUGCACAAUUAAACUACCCAAGGGUGACGUUCUUAUCCAUGCAGGUGACUUGACAAAUCAAGGGAGUCUUUCAGAGCUCACCAAAGCAAUUCAAUGGCUAGAAAAAGCCGACUUUGAAGCCAAGGUCGUCAUUGCCGGAAACCACGACAAGGCCCUGAACCCGGCUCCAUCUUCCGAGUCUUCCCAGCACCAAGCUCUCUCUCCAGAAUCCUGCCACUUCCACAACCAAUCCCUGCCCAAUCCAAAAGAGUGCCUAUCUCUUUUUGCGACUCACGGCCCAUCGAUAACCUAUCUCCGCCAUGAGUCCGCUGAGAUCAAGCUCACGCAACCAAAGGGGCCGAGGACAAAGUUCAAAGUAUUUGGAAGCCCUGGGACUCCUGGACUUGGAGAGAAGUGGGCGUUUGGAUAUGAAAGGGAUGUGAACGAUCCGAAUCGUGCGAGAUAUCCACACCAAGAAAAUGGAGGCGGCAGGGCAGUCGCCACGGAGAUGAAGUCUGGUAGUCAAUCCAACCCUGAAAAAGAAACCGGCAGAUCUGACCCACAAUCACACUUCUCGCCCAUUUCGAAUUCCAUCUCUGCCAAAGAAAUUUGGUCCUCCAUCCCUCCAGAUACGGACAUCAUCGUGACACAUACGCCUCCUUACGGACACUGCGACCUUGGUGUCGUCCGCGGGUCAGACGGGUCAGACGACGGCGGCUCGCCCUCAAAAACUGGAGUGACUGGAGGGGAAGAAGCAGAAACAAGAACAGAGACAGACCGGCAUCUGGGCUGCCAGUCCCUCCUCCAACGCUUAUCAGUCGUUCGACCAAGACUGCACGUCUGUGGGCAUGUACAUCGCGCGAGGGGGGCUGAAAGGGUUCGGUGGUCACCAGUCUCGUCUCCUUCCGCCUCUGUUUCAAUGGGAAUGGAAGAUGAUGGUGAAAUAGGAUGGAUAGAGUCCACAACAGAGAAAUGGACGGAUCCAAGCCCGGAUCCAAAGUCAGGGAAGAUCAGUUUGGUUGACCUGACGGGUCGCGGUCGUGGGGAGGGAAGCGGGAAAUUAGACUGGGUUGACGUUGACACCGUGAUUGGUAAGUCAACAGGAGGAAGAGAAGGACGAAAGGAAACGUGUGUGGUUAACUGCGCGAUUUUGGCGAGCAAUUAUCCUCAUGUAGGAGGAAAGAGGUUUCACAAGCCGGUAGUUGUGGAUUUGGAGUUACCGGUUUGUGAGGAGAGUCAAGAUUGUUAGGAAAUACUGGAUCAGCAAGAGGAUUGGAAGAGUUGCGGUCAGAAGGACGAGGAGAUGAGCCUGCCGAAAGAAAAUUAAUUGAUUACAGAGACUGAAGUGAUGGAACAAGAGAAUCCCAAAGGAAAGUACGAGAUUUUGACUAUCUCGAACCGGGGAGGUACGACUACAGACUUGCUCCAAAGAUUUAGAUGUCGUAACCAGAAGUAGAAAACAGGGCGGAGAGGAAGGUGGAACCCGGCAUUCUACUUGGAACCUCGCUCUUUCCUAGAUAAUCAUAUCAUGUGUGAGAGAGGUCCAGUCCUUGGGAAAGGGCGAAUGUUCAGACGACAGAGCUGAAGGCAGACACUCAAUCUCAUAUCUCAACUGGAGGGAUAUACGACAACAAUAUCCAGAAAGGCAAAGAUACCUAAGCGUGAAACAGAGAAAACUGAGA